AGCUUACUGUUCCUUAAAGCUUUACUGCCUUUAUUUCACGUUUUUUGGAAAAGGAUUACAACAUGAUUGUGAACAUGAUGUUACUAAGGAGAAUGUUGCAGGCCACCCAGAGUCUUUCGCGGAGAAAGCCGAUGGCUACAGAUGGAGAAGAGACAAAUCUCAAUCGCUGCCUGGCCACCAUCGACCUUGUUGCCCUGGGAGUGGGAAGCACACUGGGAGCUGGAGUCUACGUACUUUCAGGAGAAGUGGCACGUGAAACGUCUGGUCCCAGCAUUAUGAUCUCCUUCCUUAUUGCAGCAGUGGCUUCUAUUUUUGCUGGCUUGUGUUAUGCAGAAUUUGGUGCCAGAGUACCCAAAACUGGCUCUGCUUAUUUAUAUAGCUAUGUGACUGUUGGUGAGAUCUGGGCCUUCAUCACUGGCUGGAAUCUGAUCCUUUCUUAUAUGAUAGGUGCUUCAAGUGUUGCAAGGGCAUGGAGUGGGACAUUUAAUGACCUUGUUGAUGACAAAAUUUCCGAGUAUUUAAGCAAGCACACAGCAAUGAAUCUACCAGGUCUGGCUCCCUACCCUGACUUUUUUGCAGCUGGCCUCAUUUUACUACUAGCAGGCCUCCUAGCUUUCGGAGUAAAGGAAUCUACAACUGUCAACAAAAUCUUCACUGGCAUUAACAUUGUGGUACUUUUGUUUGUCAUAAUCGCUGGAUUCAUUAAAGGAGACAUUAAGAACUGGGAAAUUACUCCAGAUGCUCUUUUAAAUAUCACUGAUGGAAACCAUUCAGGUAGCAGCAAUUCAACCUAUAAAAUAGGCAAUGGAGGAUAUUUUCCAUUCGGUUUUGAAGGAACAUUGGCUGGGGCGGCUACCUGCUUCUAUGCAUUUGUUGGCUUUGACUGCAUUGCGACGACAGGAGAAGAAGUGAAAAACCCACAGAGGUCCAUCCCAGUGGGGAUUGUAGUCUCCUUGGUGAUCUGCUUCCUGGCUUACUUUGGGGUUUCAGCAGCUCUUACUCUAAUGAUGCCAUAUUACGAGCUUAGUAUCCAUAGCCCACUACCUGUGGCUUUCGACUAUGUUGGAUGGAAUCCUGCGAAAUAUGUAGUAGCAGUGGGCUCCCUCUGUGCGCUUUCCACCAGUUUGCUUGGAUCUAUGUUUCCAAUGCCCAGAGUUUUGCUUGCCAUGGCCAGAGAUGGGCUGAUUUUCAAAUUCUUAGCACGGGUCAGUUCUCGCAAGAGUCCAGUUAUUUCUACACUCACAUCAGGAGCAAUUGCAGCUAUCAUGGCUCUCCUGUUUGAUCUAAAGGCUUUAGUGGAUAUGAUGUCUAUUGGUACUUUAUUUGCCUACACUUUGGUGGCUCUUUGUGUUUUAAUACUCAGGUAUCGAAGGGACCCUACUGUGGACAUUUUAGAGGACAAGACAUUAACUGGAGCAUCUAAGCUUUCCUUCCUAACACCUCCUCAACACCCAACUUCAAAAAGCUCCAGACUUGUGACUUGUAUCACAGGGUUCACAGUGGUCCUGGUUAUUGCCUUGAGUGUGCUUCUUACUAAAGGAAUCAAUUACUUACUGGAGAAACAAGCCUGGACCAUUGCCUGUGUUACUAUUUUACUUUUUCUUUUAAUUGUUGGAAUCAUUGUCAUCUGGAGACAACCACAAAGCCAAAAAAGAGCAGCAUUCAUGGUUCCCUGUUUGCCCCUUCUUCCCAUCGUGAGCUGUUUUGUGAAUGUGUACCUCAUGGUGCAGCUAGGUCCUGAUACUUGGAUUCGCUACGCUGUCUGGAUGGGAAUAGGACUGGUCAUUUAUUUUGGUUAUGGAGUUUUUCACAGUGAGCAGAGAAAACGAAUGCCCAGGACCCCAGACCAACUCAACGUGGAGACAAUCAAAAUAGAUGAAGAGUGGAAGAAGAGCCAUUGAAAGAAGACUAACUUCGCUUACCAUGUAACUGCCGCAACUUAUGCCGCAUGAUGUGCCUGUGAUACUUAACCAACACUACACCCAGAAACUGGGGGUUCAACAGGCUUCUUCUACAAAGUCAGCACAACAUAAAUCUUUUCCUACUCUUCCUUCCUCCUAAUCGCCCAUAGUGGAAUAUCUCUCUUCUCCUCUCCUGGUUUGGAUUCCCUGAGUGAAGAGAGGUGGCCUCUUUUAUCUUGGAUCCAGGAAUACUUCCAGUGCCAGGACAUUGCCCGAAGGAAGCACUUCCGUGUCAGAUGGAAUUCUCCCAAAGUACAAAUAGUCCUUCCCCAGAGCGCUCCCUUGGCAGUACCGAUGGAACCCAACCAGGCUGUUCAAUAGUACUACAGUUCCCAGUAUGCCCUGUGGGCAUGUGCAAAAUUGAGCUGGCCCAGGAGCACUGCCUUCUAGUGUAUUGGGGGAACAUACAGUCUUGACUGGCUGUCUUCCCCAGUCCUUCCAUAAUAUUGGCCUCCCAUCUACGUAAGAAUCUUCUUUUCAACCCUACCAGGAUGCCAGACCAUCCAUGCUGGCAUGUUAUACCAGCCUCUUGGCUGAGACAGGAAAUUCCAAUUAUCCCAAUUUAUAAACAACAAA